AUGGACCGGGAGAACCAUAAACAUGGUUCCAGAUGCUUCGAGGAAGAUUCAAAGCAGAUAUCGAUGACAUUGGCAUGCAGCGAUCACCGUGACCGUACCGCUAACGCUCGCAUUUCGAACCUCAGUUGUAUGCUGCAUUUUUCAAGGAGAGCUGUUCCGCUAUGCAUACCGCAUCGUGUCCAACUCACAAUUCAAUUUACUGUCGGCCUUGACGCGGAGACGUCAGACAGAGGAAAGCAAGGAAAGGGCGAGUGCAUGACACGUGCACAACCAGCAAUCUCAGCCAAAUAG